AGAAAAUCUUGAAGAUCAAACACUAAAAACAACUCAAAAUUCAAAACGAUUAGAAUUACAGUAGAUCGACCAUUUCUUUAAGUUCAAUUUUCUCUUCCUCGAUUUCUCCCUCUCUCCAUCAGCUCGUAAUACUCUUCGCGAGUUCUCGUUUUCCUCUCACACUCUUUCUCUCUCUAGAUUCACUGAAUCCUGUAUAUCCUUAUCCGAACACUUUUUCAGUUCCCCAAAUUUGCCCUAGUGGUGAAGUCAGGCGGCGGCGACUGAAUUACGGUGGAUCUGAAACUACAAGGAGGAAGAAGCAAGAUGAGCGCGGAUCUGGUGGCGGAGAGCACACAUGGGAAUCUGGACGAACAGAUUGCUCAGCUCAACCAGUGCAAGCCUUUGUCAGAGCCAGAUGUUCGGACCUUAUGCGAGAAGGCCAAGGAGAUACUAAUGGAGGAGAGUAAUGUUCAGCCAGUGAGAAGCCCUGUGACAAUUUGUGGUGAUAUUCAUGGUCAAUUUCAUGAUCUUGCCGAACUAUUCCUCAUCGGAGGGAAGUGUCCAGACACAAACUAUCUCUUCAUGGGAGAUUAUGUUGAUCGGGGGUAUUAUUCGGUGGAGACUGUCACUCUAUUGGUGGCUCUAAAAGUGCGCUAUCCUCAACGUAUCACUAUUCUGAGAGGAAAUCAUGAAAGUAGACAGAUUACUCAAGUAUAUGGUUUUUAUGAUGAAUGUUUGCGCAAGUAUGGAAAUGCUAAUGUUUGGAAGAUAUUCACCGACCUGUUUGAUUAUUUCCCCCUGACUGCAUUGGUUGAAUCUGAAAUAUUUUGUCUGCAUGGUGGAUUGUCCCCGUCUGUUGAGACCCUUGACAACAUAAGAAACUUUGACCGUGUUCAAGAAGUUCCACAUGAAGGUCCGAUGUGUGAUCUUUUGUGGUCUGAUCCUGAUGAUCGUUGUGGUUGGGGUAUAUCUCCUCGUGGUGCUGGAUAUACUUUUGGGCAGGACAUAUCAGAGCAAUUCAACCACAGCAACAACCUAAAACUAAUUGCCAGAGCUCAUCAACUGGUUAUGGAAGGAUAUAACUGGGCUCAUGAGCAAAAGGUUGUCACUAUAUUUAGUGCACCAAACUAUUGUUAUCGCUGUGGUAAUAUGGCAUCCAUUUUGGAAGUUGAUGAUUGCAGGGAGCAUACAUUUAUCCAGUUUGACCCAGCUCCAAGGAGAGGAGAACCUGAUGUAACUCGGAGGACACCCGACUAUUUCUUGUAGCUCUGAUGCUUGUGAACUCUUUCGUCUAUAUGAUGUGUCAGUUUGGGGUGUGCUUGCAUGAUCAUUGUCUCGUUGCCUGAGAUUUGAGGUUCAAGUAAUUCAGCCUAUUUGAAAGUGGUGCAAGUUGAGAUGCUUGCAAGAUGAGAGUCUUAAAAAGUUAUAUUCUAACCUAUCUUAGGUUCUAGAGAUUGGGAACUUGGAAUAUAGGGGAUGCUUCUGUGUAUUAUGUUCUAUAAAUUUUUGAUGUGAUGUUCCCCAUUUCUACUCUUAAUUAUCUUUUCCUUUCCUAUUUAUCCUUUCGAGUCACUACCAUUUGGAGGACAGGUGUGUUUGUGGAACUAAUGCACAAUUUCUGUCAAUUUAAUCCUUUUCAUUUUGUUGGUUGGAAA